AUGGAACGUGCAGCAUGUCAUAUGGCACAUGUUUUUACGACUGUUAGUGAAAUAACGGGUAUUGAAGCGGAGCAUUUAAUUCAUCAGAAACCGGAUAUUGUAACACCAAAUGGUUUGAAUGUUGUCAAAUUUGCUGCUUUACAUGAAUUUCAG